CGCGUCCAAACUUAACCGUUUGAGAGUAAAGGGAUCAUGGGUUCUUCUUCUAGAAAUCUUUAUGCAGGAAUUGGAGAAAGUUAAUCAACCUCUAGGCCACCGCUUUUUGACGGCACCAACUACACAUAUUGUAAAGAGUGGAUGAGAAUUUAUAUCCGCUCAACCAACUUCCAGUUGUGGUUGGUCAUCAAAAACGGCGAAGAAACUCCAAUGAAGAAGGUCAGUGAAAAACUCGUCCUAAAGACCGAGGACGAAUUUGAUGCCGAAGACAUCAAAAAGGUGGAGAACUACGCCAAGGCAAUCAACAUGAUGUACUGCGCGGUCAACCCCGAUGAUUAUCGCAAGAUCUCUUGCUGCACCACCGCCAAAGAAAUGUGGGACAAGCUGGAGGAUCUCGUGAGGAAAAUCCUGCGGAGUCUCACACCCGAAUGGAAAUCAAAGGCUGUCGCAAUCUACGAAUCCAUCGGAGUCUCCAACGUCACCAUCGACGGGCUAAGAGGUAACCUCAAAACUUAUGAAUCUACUAUUCUAACCUCGUCUUUGGAUGAACAAAAGAAGAAAGGAAUAGCGCUCAAAGCAACCAAAGAGACUGUAGAAGAAGUCUCAAGCGAUGACGACAACGAGUUCGGACUCGUCAUCAAGAAAUUCCACAAAUUCAUGAAGAAGGAAUUUGAACGAAAAGGAAGAAAGCACGACGGUCCCCCGAAGUGCUAUGGGUGUGGCGAGAUACGCCACAUCAAGCCGAGGUGUCCAAAAGGCAAAAGCGGCAAGGACAAACCUGGCUUCAAAAAGCAACGUGCCUAUAUCUCAUGGGGUGGCGACUCCGGCGACGAGUCAACUGACCAAGAAGAGGAAGAAGCCGCCAACUUGUGUCUUAUGGCAAACGAAGACCACGCCGACGAAAUACAAGAGGGAAACCGUGUGACCUUCGAUUCAAAAUCAAGCACGGUAGAACGCCUUAGUGACAAUAAGGUCAUUCUACGUGGUGAUAGAAUCGAUAACAUAUAUAUUGUUAACUUAGACAAAUCUCCUUCCGGCUUUGCUAAGUGCCUCAUGAAUUCAUUAGAGAGAAUACACGUCGAAGACGAUGAAGAGAACACAGGAAUAUACACCAACACGCAGCCGCAAAUUGGGGAGAUACCUCAAGCGACUAACCAAGGUGAAGAAGAAAAUCAAGAGGAAGAAGAAGAACAAGAGGAACACGAAGAAGAAGCAACCGAGCUUCCCAUUGCAUGGAAAACGAACAAGAACCAUCCGCGUGACCAGGUAAUCGAUAGCAUCAACCGCGGGGUAAGUGCAAAGGCCAUCAAUAUGCUAUAUUGCGCGGUCAACCCCGAUGACUACCGAAAGAUCUCCUGUUGCACAACCGCCAAGGAGAUGUGGGACAAGCUUGAAGUGACGUACGAAGGUACCGAUCAAGUUCGCGAAGCCAAGAUCGACUUUCUCACCCAAGAGUACGAAAUGUUCCAGAUGAAAGAAGGUGAGAAAAUUGAUGACAUGUUCGACCGGUUCUCAAAGAUCAUCAACGAUCUUCAUGCUCUCAAAAAGACCUACACCAACAAGGAUCUUGUGAGGAAAAUCCUGCGGUGUCUCACACCCGAAUGGCGGUCAAAAGACGAUGCAAUCUACGAAUCCAUUGGAGUCUCCAACGUCACCAUCGACGGGCUAAAAGGUAAUAUUAAAACCUAUGAAUCUACUAUUCUAACCCCGUCUUUGGAUGGACAAAAGAAAAAGGAAAUAGCUCUCAAAGCCACCAAGGAACCGGUGGAAGAGGCUUCAAGCGAUGACGACAAUGAAUUCGGGCUCGUCAUCAAAAAGUUCCACAAGUUCAUGAAUAAGGAAUUUGAGCAAAAGGGAAGGAAGCACGACGGUCCUCCCAAAUGCUACGGCUGUGGCGAGAUUGGCCACAUCAAGCCAAGGUGUCCAAAGGCCAAACACGGCAAGGACAAGCCUGGCUUCAAGAAGCAAAGGGCCUACAUCUCUUGGGGUGGCGGUUCCAGCGACGAAUCAACCGACCAAGAGGAGGACGAAGCUGCAAAUCUCUGCCUCAUGGCACACGAAGAUCAAAGCGACGACGUCCAAGAGGCUGCAUGGGAACGAGAUGACCCAGAAGAGACGUUCAGCGUAGACUCUGCCAGUAGUGUAUGUGGGUCGGGCAAGGAAGACCCGUCUGUAGAUUCGGCACGAUCCAACCAAUUGAACGCAAAUGCUUAGAAAAUUAUCUUAUUGUUGGUUUCAAAUCCAUUGAUUGUAUCAACUGUUGUAACCCUUUGCAAUUCCUGUCUUAAACUCAACUACUGAAUAAAAGAAUCCUAAUAAAGGAAUUUCUGUUAU